AUCAAUUCCACCAUAGGGAGUUCUAGUAUCAUUUCUAUUAUGUGUAGCUUUGUUUUCCUUGUUUUUGCUUUUAUGUUAGCUUUGACUAUGAGUAGCUAAGCUUUUAGUAGGGAUUUGGUGAAGUUUGAAUGGAUUGUAUGGAUUGAAUCUAUGGUUGAAUGCGUAUCUAUCUCUUUUGUUGGUUUUGUUGAACCUUGGUCUUUUAAUAUCUAAUUGCUUAGCUACCAAUUAGAUAAAUCUUGUACCUAAUUGAUGUUAUUGAGAAAUACAAGAUUAGGAUAGAUGUGUAAUCAACAACUCCGUGCAUUAUAUGUAAUCGAGAGAUGCAUAAGCUAGAGAGAGGGCUUGGGUCCGUUGUGCUUUGGAGUCAAUCUCGAAUUGUAUGGACGAGACUCCUACACUAGAGAUUGACCCACGUGUUAGAUGCACCCGAGAGGGGGUCUAACCGAUUAUCCCGACUUUCCUAACCGCAUUUGAGGCCCAAUAGAUGAGCAUGACCCAUAGAUGAAAUCCUUGAUCCAUUCUAACGGAUCCAUUUCCCUAUACUUUCCCAAUUUGUGUGAAAACCUAUCUUUGUUUGUUUGUUUUUCUUAGUUAAUUGUCUUACUAGCUUAUUUGUUCUUUGAUCUUAGUUAAGAAAACCAAAAACCCCUUUUAUUAGUCUAGAUAGUGUUCAAAGUUACAUCAUAGUAUUCAAACCGGCUUUUAGUCUCCGUGGAUCGAUAAUUUAGCUUACCGCGUGCUACUUAACUCGUACACUUGCGGGUGACGCUUUUGAAUACUAAAUUAGCACGAGUCAAGUUUUUGGCGCCGUUGCCGGGGACUAAAUUUGCUUUUGUGUUUGAUAUUGUGAAAAGAUAGAGAAUACUAGUUUAGACAUUUUACUUGCUUUAAUUAUUUAGUUUAGUUUUCUAGUUUAGCUCUAUUUUGACUUUGUUUCCUCUCUUGUGUUGUGUAGGUUUUUAUGCUCACGCGCUCAAGUCGUUUACCCCUUGAGCCGAUUAAUUUAGAGAUAGAAGCCGCCAAUAGAAGAAGAGGAGGACGAAGGAGAAGAGCAAGAGCUCAACAUCAAGUUGAGCCAAUGGAAAAUCCACAUGGGAACAAUGAGGGAAUUCCCCCUCCACCUCCACCUCCAUUAAAUCAAGACCAAAUCAUUCUCCAACUACAACAAGAAAUGGCGGAGAUGAGAAGGGAAAGAGAGGAGGAAAGGAGGCGAGAGGCUCCGGUUAGAGACGCAUUUGGGAACGUCAAUAUCCCACAUCCACCCUAUGAUACAAGGGUGAAUGCCAACAAUUUUGAGUUGAAGACAGGAUUGAUUCAAUUUGUGGAGCAACGUGUUUUCUCGGGAAGGCCCACGGAGGAUCCUAAUAGGCACUUAUCUAAAUUCUUAGAGAUUGCCAAUACAACUAAGCUUAAUGGGGUUCCCGACGAUACAAUCAAGCUUAGGCUAUUUCCAUUCUCAUUGUCGGGAUAUGCUAGAGAUUGGUUUGAUAACCUUGAGCCGGGCUCGGUUACAAGUUGGGACGACUUAGCCCAAAAGUUUUUGGAUCGAUUCUUCCCUCUAAGCUCCACUCUCAACCUCCAAGCAGAGAUCUCCCACUUUAAAAUGAAGGGCCAAGAGUCUAUGUUCGAGGCUUGGGAGAGAUUCAACGCCUUGCUAAAGAAAUGUCCCAACCAUGGGUUAUCUCCGGGCCAUCAAGUGAGCCUCUUCUACAAUGGAUGCUCGGAGUUUAUCAAGAGUCAAUUAGACUUUGGUUCGGGGGGUUCAUUCUUGGACAAGGGGGUCGAGGAGUGCAAGAAGAUGCUUCAAAGGCUUGCCUAUACUAGCAAGGGUUGGAGCUCGGGCCGAGAUAGUUCAAUGCCGGUGGCUUCGGUUGUGGAUUCGGAUGCAUUCAAUCUUCUCAACCAACAAAUGAUGUUGUUGAAUCAAAAGGUGGAUGGCCUUAGUUUGGGAGUGGCACCUAUGGGAGAGCCUUUACAUACCGUGGAAGAUGUCAAUUAUGUGCAUCAAGGAGGGAAUCAAAGGAACCUCUACAACUAUCGCCCUAACAAUGGGGGUGGUAAUUACCAAGGCUAUCGCUCACCCUUCAAUGCACAUCCAAACCUUUCUUAUGGCAAUCCAAACAAUGCUAUCCAACCACCUCCACCACCUCGUUUCCCUACACCUAGUGGGUCGACAAGUGGGGCCGCUAAUGUGCCCACCAAUUCUAAACCUUCAAGUGAUGAUGUCACCCAUGAGCUUCUAAAAGCUCUAAUGGAGAAGACCGAUGGAAUCAUGACACAAUCUACUAAGAGAAUUGAUAAGGUUGAGACGGCGGUAGUGGAGGUCACCACGAGAAUGGGGGCUUUGGAGCAUCAAAUGAGUCAAAUUGCCCAAGCCGUGGGCCAACUUCAUCAACCGGGGCAAUUCCCAAGCAACACCAUUCCUAACCCAAAGGAUUGCAAGGCUAUCAAUUUGAGGAGUGGAACAAGCUAUAAGAGCCCCCCUAUGCCCGAAAAGGAAGCUAUUGUGCAACCCGAAGAAGAAGAGACAAUAGAAGUGGAGGCAUCAACGAAGAGCCCACCAAAAGAUCAAGCCGAGACAAUAGUUCCUCCUAAGCCCACGGAAGUUAAACUUCCUUUCCCUCAAAUGAUGCAAAAGAAAAAGAAGGAUGAACAAUUUUUAAGAUUUUUGGAUAUCUUUAGGAAAGUUCAAAUUAACAUCCCUCUUGUUGAAGCACUUCAACAAAUGCCAAGUUAUGCAAAGUUCCUCAAGGAUGUGGUAUCACAAAAAAGGAAAUGGGGGCACUAUGAGACGGUCAACUUGACGGAGAGUUGCAGUGCAAUUAUUCAAAGGAAGUUGCCGGCCAAAAUGCAAGAUCCGGGAAGCUUCACUAUUGAGUGCACUAUUGGAAAUUGCUUUGUGGGGAAUGCCUUGUGCGAUCUAGGGGCUAGCAUUAAUCUUAUGCCAUUGUCCUUCUUCAACAAGUUGAAUAUUGGUAAAUUGAGAUCGACUAGCAUUACUUUGCAAAUGGCGGAUAGAUCGGUGGCAUAUCCCUCGGGCAUAGCAGAAGAUAUAUUGGUGAGGGUGAAUGAGUUCAUAUUCCCCGUUGACUUCGUGGUGUUGGACAUGGAAGAGGAUAGAAUUGUACCUCUUAUUUUGGGAAGACUGUUCCUUGCCACCGGGAAGGCCAUGAUCGAUGUUUCAAAAGGGGAACUUACACUUCGCCUCAAUGAUGAGAGCGUGACAUUUUCGAUAUAUGAGGCCUUAAAGAGGCAUGAUGUGGAACCGGGAGGAAGCCUACAACAUUGCAAUGUUGUGACCGUGAUGGAUGAGUGUGUUGGAGGAGUGGCACCGGCCUCUUACUUGGAUGAUCAAUUAGAGAGAUGCAUUUCUCAUUCCAUGUAUUCUUCUCAUUCUUUUGAUAUUUUGGAUGCUAACCCCGAGUUGUUGGAAUUUGUAGGUGCUUUGGACUCGGCUAAAGAAAUCCCUAGAUCACUUCGUCCACAAUUUCUACCUCUUAGGAGUGGAAGUGAAGAUAGCAAUAAAGAUGGGGAAAACAAGAAGCUUGAGUUGAAGCCACUUCCACUACACUUGCGAUAUGCCUUUCUUGGAGGGAAUGACACUUUUCCGAGAUGUGAGGAGACCAAUCUAGUACUCAAUUGGGAGAAAUGUCAUUUUAUGGUCCGUGAUGGGAUCGUGUUGGGACACAAAAUUUCAGCCGGAGGACUUGAAGUGGAUAGAGCCAAGAUAGUUGCCAUUGAGCAAUUGCCACAUCCUUGUAGUGAGAAGGCCGUGAGGAGCUUCCUAGGCCAUGCGGGGUUCUAUAGGCGUUUCAUCAAAGAUUUUUCACAUAUUGCUAGACCCCUUUGCCAUUUACUAGCUAAAGAUGUAAAAUUUGAUUUCACUCUUGAAUGUGCGCAGGCAUUUGAGAAGCUCAAGGCGGCGUUGGUGAGUGCCCCAAUCUUGAUCUCCCCCGAUUGGUCUCAACCUUUCGAGAUCAUGUGUGAUGCAAGUGAUGUGGCGGUAGGCUCGGCUUUGGGACAAAAGAGAGACAAGAUAUUCCGGGUGAUAUAUUAUGCUAGUAGGACAUUGGAUUCGGCUCAAGCUAACUACACCACUACCGAGAAGGAAAUGCUUGCGGUGGUCUACUCUUUUGACAAGUUCCGCCCUUACCUUAUUGGGGCCAAAACUAUUGUCUUUACUGACCAUGCCGCCAUCCGCCAUCUAUUUGUUAAGCAAGAUGCAAAACCAAGGCUUAUAAGGUGGAUCUUGCUCCUUCAAGAAUUUGAUUUGGAAAUCCGAGAUAGAAAAGGGUGUGAGAAUGUGGUGGCGGAUCAUCUUUCAAGAUUGGAGCAUGCUAGUGAAGAGGAAAAAUUGAAGUUGGUCAUCAAUGAAGAAUUCCCGGAUGAGCAUUUGUUUUAUGUGGCCAAGGGUCAAGUGGCAUGGUAUGCCAAUAUUGUGAACUAUCUUGUUGCUAAGGUGAUUCCCGAAGGACUUGAGGACUAUCAAAAGAAGAAGUUCUUCCACGACGUGAAGUUCUAUUUUUGGGACGAGCCUUGUCUUUUUAGAAGAUGUGCCGACAUGGUGAUUAGAAGAUGUGUCCCUCAAGAGGAGUGGGAGUCCGUUAUUAUGCAUUGCCACACCGCACCUAGUGGGGGGCAUUUUGGAGCUAACCGGACUGCUAUGAAAGUGCUCCAAAGUGGUCUAUUUUGGCCAACCAUCACCAAAGACUGCCAGGACUACGUGAGAAGAUGCAACGAGUGCCAGAGAAUGGGGGGUGUUUCUAAGAAGAAGGAGAUGCCAUUGACGACAAUUGUUGAAGUCGAGUUGUUUGAUGUGUGGGGCAUUGACUUCAUGGGGCCCUUUCCUCCAUCUAGUGGGUUCCAAUACAUUCUACUAGCCGUUGACUAUGUAUCAAGGUGGGUGGAAGCCAUUCCUACCCAAACUAAUGAUUCAAAGGUGGUGAUUAAAUUCGUUCAAAAGAACAUAUUCACGCGAUUCGGCGCACCUCGGGCUAUCAUAAGUGAUGGAGGGUCUCAUUUUCGCAAUAGGUGGCUAGAGGCGGUCUUAGCAAGGCAUGGAGUGAAGCAUCGGGUGACAACUCCUUAUCAUCCACAAGCUAAUGGUCAAACCGAGUUGGCCAAUAGAGAGAUCAAACAAAUAUUGCAAAAGAGUGUCAAUGCUAACCGUAGAGAUUGGGCUCUCAAGCUUGACGAUGCUCUAUGGGCGUAUAGGACGGCUUACAAGACGCCAAUCGGGAUGUCACCUUAUCAAUUGGUCUUUGGGAAAUCAUGCCAUCUCCCGGUUGAAUUGAAGCACUCAUCAUAUUGGGCGGUAAGGCAAAUGAACAUGGACUUCACCAAGGCCGGCAAGGAAAGGAAGCUUCACCUCAAUUUACUUGAUGAAUUUAGGAAUGAAGCUUAUGCUAAUUCCUCAAUCUACAAGGAGAGGAUGAAGACGUAUCACGACAAGAUGAUUGAGAGGCGUGAAUUCCACAAGGGGGAUGCCGUGUUGCUUUUCAACCACAAGUUGAGACUCUUUCCGGGCAAGCUAAAAUCUAAGUGGUCGGGACCCUUCACUAUCAAGGAGGUCAUGAGCAAUGGCACAAUGGAGCUCAAAGGACCCGAUGGAAGCACGUUCAAGGCAAAUGGUCAAAAUCUCAAGAGGUUCUUUACCAAGGAGCAACAAGACGAAGUCUUUGUGGUUGCCUUGAUUGAGUAGUGGAGCUUGCAAAGCGUCGGGCAAAUGACGUUAAACAAUUGCGCUAUGGGGGAGGCAACCCCUAGUAGGUAAAAUUUAUAGCUUUUGUGUUUUUGGUGUGUUUUUAUUUUGUUCUUGUUUUUGGUGUGUUUUGUGUGUUUUAAGUGGAACAGGAGAUAGGCUUUGAUGGGUGAAAAGCGGAC